CCCCUCCCCCUGACAUCAGAGGAGGCAGAGGCGCUGCUUCGCCCCGGUCCAAACUCCACUUACAAAGCCCGACAUUACAUCUGUCAGAGAGGAGACCUGCAUGGACAAAACCGGGACUAAUACCCAUUUUCACUGCAAUGAGGGAUUCCAGAGGCUUAGCGCACCUCCAAUUACGCGAGAAGGAGCUAUUAGGCUCAAUUAUUUGUUAGAGAACGAGUGGGAAAGGAGGCGUGCAUGUUACUCGGUGGGCUUCAUUUCCUCGGAGCUGCAGAGCAGGAGCUGGAUGACAUGAUGCUGCAGAGUCCGCUCACCUCCACGCCGUUUUCCGUCAAGGAUAUCCUGAAGCUAGAGCAGCAGCAGCAGCAGCAGCAGCAGGCCGGGUCCCUGGAGCUCCAUCACCGGGUCCACACACAGCAGUUACCCGGCUCUCCCCCCCAGCAGCAGCAUUUCCAAACCGCACCGUCCUGCAUGCUCGCCGCGGCCCGGGACAGUCCCUCCUUCUCGGACGGAGAGGACAACCUGGCGUACCUGAGCGCGCUGGCGGUGCGGGGAGAGGAGGAACGGGGGGAGACCAGCCUAUCCCCGGACAUGUACGGGCACCCCAGCCUGCAGGGAGCCAAGUUGGAGGCUUCCGAGCUGGAGGAGCAGGAGAGCAAGAGCUGCGGAUUGGUGUCCCGGCAGGAGGCCUCGGAGGGCGGGCAGGGGGACUGUGAUCGGCCGGUGCAGAAGCAGCGGAGCCGGCGGAGGCCCCGCGUGCUCUUCUCCCAGGCGCAGGUCUUCGAGCUCGAGAGGCGCUUCAAGCAGCAACGCUACCUGUCCGCCCCGGAACGCGAGCACCUGGCCACGAGCCUCAAACUCACCUCCAACCAGGUGAAGAUCUGGUUCCAGAACCGCCGCUACAAGUGCAAGCGGCAGCGGCAGGACAAGUCUCUGGAGGCGGCGGGGCAGCACCACCCUCCACCGCCGAGACGCGUCGCAGUGCCAGUGUUAGUCCGGGAUGGGAAGCCAUGUUUGGGAGGAGGGCAGACCUACGCCGGUGCUCCGUAUGGAUCCAACCCGUACACUUAUAACGGAUACCCGGCGUAUACUUACAAUAACCCCGCGUAUAAUAGCAACUACAGCUGCACAUACACCAGCAUCCCCGCCCUGCCCCCCUCCAGCACCUCCAGCGCCUUCAUGAACAUGAACUUGGGUAAUGUGAGCGGCCUCGGCGGAUCAUCACAGGCCCAAUCACACCAAGGGACAGCGGUCACAUCCUGCCAGGGCUCCCUGCAGGGGAUCCGGGCCUGGUAGCCUCACCAGAACAGAACAAGUGCCUUUAAAAAAAAAAAAAAUGGAGCUGUUUUAUUUUGGUCAACACAAGCUUUUGUAAGUGUUAAUUUGGUCAAAACUCCCCAGAAAUGAGUAUUUUAUAUAUAAAGGAUGGGGGUUUGAAUUCCUGGUAGCCUCACCAGACCAGAACCGGUUCUUUUUUUGGAGCUCUUUCAAUGUGGUCAACCACAAGCUUUAAGAAGUGUGUACAUUUGAUACAAAUGUGGAGAGGAAAAUAGUAUUGAUUAUAUAAAGGAUGAGAGUUUGGACUCUUGUGUCAGAUUCAUUGAUAUUCACUCAUAUUUCCGGCUACUCCGAGUCUAUUCUAGCUGGAAUGACUGUGCGUAAUUUUUCCCCAACUAUUAUUAGUGCUCUAUGUUGGUACUUGGACUGAAGCACAGGGGGGGCAUUACGCACACGAUUGUGCACUUCUUAUUUGAACAAAAAAAGAUGGUUCAUUUUUGUAAUGUAUGUUUUUAACAUGGUAUAUUUUGAGUCUAUGGAGAGAUUAAAUUGUUCAAGUGUUGUUGUUUUUGGUUAAAAAGAGAACUGUUUCAAUCUAUUUCACAUCUAUUCAAAUAAAUCCGAGACAUGAGAACAA